GGUCCUCUGCGCCCUCCCCUCUAGCCGUCCGCACCCUGCGGCGUGUGUUCCUCGGCCCGUCCCUCGGAAGGGCGCUCCUUUCUUAGGAGCGGCUUCUACUUUGGGACGAAGUAAAAGCCGCUGAUCGAAAAACCUGUGGGGUUUGACUUUUUUUUUUUUCCGCUUUCCUUUCUCCUAUCCUAGCGGAUUUUUUUUUUCCUUUUCCCGUUCAGUGAAGAGAUUAGUGAGCUUAAUCUUCUCAUCACUGACCAAAACCGUUUCUCUGUCAGGAAAUAUUUUUGUUGAAAGUGUGACGUCCCAGCGGGUGUUAGAGCUGGUGUCUAAUCAUGGCUCAUAAACAAAGGGACGGUUAUGUGAACCUGUCCCCGUGCAUUUUUACUUGGUGCCACGCAUUUUCUCAGUUGGCAUUUGAUGGAGGAAAACUCAGUCACUCAGCAUCUGAAGAAGCUUCCGGUUCAGACUCAGGCAGCCAGUCGGAGAGUGAGCAGGGCAGCGAUCCAGGAAGCGGACAUGGCAGUGAGUCAAAUAGCAGUUCUGAGUCUUCAGAGAGCCAAUCGGAAUCUGAAAGCGAGUCGGCGGGUUCUAAAUCCCAGCCAGUCCUUCCAGAAGCCAAAGAGAAGCCUGCCUCUAAGAAGGAACGGAUAGCUGAUGUGAAGAAGAUGUGGGAAGAAUAUCCUGAUGUUUAUGGGGUUAGGCGGUCAAACCGAAGCAGACAAGAACCAUCACGAUUUAAUAUUAAGGAGGAGGCAAGUAGCGGGUCUGAGAGUGGGAGCCCAAAAAGAAGAGGCCAGAGGCAGCUGAAGAAACAAGAAAAAUGGAAACGGGAGCCCUCAGAAGAUGAACAGGAGCAAGGCACCAGUGCAGAGAGCGAAGCAGAGCAAAAAAAAGUGAAAGCCAGAAGACCUGUCCCCAGAAGAACAGUGCCCAAACCUCGAGUUAAAAAGCAGCCUAAGACUCAGCGUGGCAAGAGAAAAAGACAGGAUUCUUCUGAUGAUGAUGAUGAAGACGAUGAAGCUCCUAAGAGGCAGACUCGGCGCAGAGCAGCUAAAAAUGUUAGUUACAAGGAAGAUGAUGACUUUGAGACCGACUCUGAUGACCUCAUUGAGAUGACUGGAGAAGGAGCCGAUGAGCAGCAGGAUAACAGUGAAACUAUUGAAAAGGUCUUAGAUUCAAGGCUGGGAAAGAAAGGAGCCACCGGAGCUUCUACUACUGUGUAUGCGAUUGAAGCUAAUGGAGACCCUAGUGGUGACUUUGACACUGAAAAGGAUGAAAGCGAAGUCCAGUACCUUAUCAAGUGGAAGGGUUGGUCUUAUAUCCACAGCACAUGGGAGAGCGAAGAAUCCUUACAGCAGCAGAAAGUGAAAGGACUCAAAAAAUUAGAGAACUUCAAGAAGAAAGAGGAUGAAAUCAAGCAAUGGUUAGGAAAAGUCUCUCCUGAAGAUGUGGAAUAUUUUAACUGCCAACAAGAGCUGGCCUCAGAGUUGAACAAACAGUAUCAGAUAGUCGAAAGAGUAAUUGCUGUGAAGACAAGCAAAUCUACACUGGGUCAGACAGAUUUUCCAGCUCACAGUCGGAAGCCGGCGCCUUCAAAUGAACCUGAGUAUCUAUGCAAAUGGAUGGGACUGCCAUAUUCAGAGUGCAGCUGGGAAGAUGAAGCCUUGAUUGGCAAGAAGUUCCAGAGCUGCAUUGACAGCUUCCAUAGUCGGAACAACUCAAAAACCAUCCCAACAAGAGAAUGCAAGGCCUUGAAGCAGAGACCACGAUUUGUGGCUUUAAAGAAACAGCCGACAUAUUUAGGAGGGGAGAAUCUGGAGCUCCGUGAUUAUCAGCUAGAAGGUCUCAACUGGCUUGCUCAUUCCUGGUGCAAAAGUAACAGUGUAAUCCUUGCUGAUGAAAUGGGCCUAGGAAAGACCAUCCAGACCAUAUCAUUCCUCUCCUACCUGUUCCACCAACACCAGCUGUAUGGCCCCUUUCUUAUAGUCGUCCCUUUAUCCACCCUCACCUCAUGGCAGAGGGAGUUUGAAAUCUGGGCACCAGAGAUUAACGUAGUGGUUUACAUAGGUGACCUGAUGAGCAGAAAUACGAUACGGGAAUAUGAAUGGAUUCAUUCUCAGACUAAAAGGCUGAAGUUCAAUGCACUUAUAACAACAUACGAGAUCCUCUUAAAAGAUAAGACUGUGCUGGGCAGUAUUAACUGGGCCUUUCUGGGAGUGGAUGAAGCCCAUCGGUUGAAGAAUGAUGACUCUUUAUUGUAUAAAACUCUGAUUGAUUUCAAGUCCCACCAUAGGCUCCUGAUUACGGGGACCCCUCUUCAGAAUUCCCUCAAAGAGCUCUGGUCCUUGCUGCACUUUAUUAUGCCGGAGAAGUUUGAAUUCUGGGAAGAUUUUGAAGAGGACCAUGGGAAAGGGAGGGAGAAUGGCUACCAGAGUCUCCAUAAGGUGCUGGAGCCCUUCCUCCUCCGGAGAGUCAAAAAGGAUGUGGAGAAAUCCCUUCCUGCCAAAGUGGAACAGAUCCUCAGGGUGGAGAUGUCGGCUCUGCAGAAGCAGUAUUACAAGUGGAUCCUGACCAGAAACUAUAAGGCUCUUGCCAAAGGGACAAGAGGCAGCACAUCUGGUUUCCUGAAUAUUGUGAUGGAGUUGAAAAAGUGCUGUAACCACUGCUACCUGAUCAAGCCCCCCGAGGAGAAUGAGCGAGAGAACGGGCAGGAGGUUCUUCUGUCCCUGAUCAGGAGCAGUGGGAAGCUGAUUCUCUUAGAUAAACUGUUGACAAGGCUUCGAGAAAGGGGCAACAGAGUCCUAAUCUUCUCCCAGAUGGUCAGAAUGUUGGACAUCCUGGCUGAGUACCUGACGAUCAAGCACUACCCUUUCCAGCGUCUGGAUGGUUCCAUCAAGGGAGAAAUCCGAAAACAGGCCCUGGACCACUUCAAUGCAGAUGGGUCUGAGGACUUCUGUUUCCUGCUCUCGACAAGGGCUGGUGGCCUGGGAAUCAAUCUGGCUUCGGCGGACACAGUUGUCAUCUUUGACUCUGACUGGAACCCCCAGAACGACUUGCAGGCACAAGCCCGAGCCCAUAGAAUUGGUCAGAAGAAGCAGGUAAAUAUUUAUCGCUUGGUUACAAAGGGGACUGUGGAGGAGGAGAUCAUUGAACGGGCCAAAAAGAAGAUGGUAUUGGACCAUCUGGUGAUUCAGCGCAUGGAUACUACUGGUCGGACAGUUCUGGAAAACAACUCGGGAAGGUCCAACUCAAAUCCUUUUAAUAAAGAAGAGCUGACAGCUAUUUUGAAAUUUGGAGCAGAGGAUCUCUUCAAAGAACUUGAAGGGGAGGAGUCAGAGCCUCAGGAAAUGGACAUAGAUGAAAUUUUGCGCUUGGCUGAAACUAGAGAGAAUGAAGUGUCAACAAGUGCAACAGAUGAACUUCUGUCACAGUUUAAGGUUGCCAACUUUGCAACAAUGGAAGAUGAAGAAGAGCUGGAAGAGCGUCCUCACAAGGACUGGGAUGAGAUCAUUCCGGAGGAGCAAAGGAAAAAAGUAGAAGAGGAAGAGCGUCAGAAGGAGCUAGAAGAAAUUUACAUGCUGCCCCGAAUUCGGAGUUCCACGAAAAAGGCUCAGACAAAUGACAGUGAUUCUGACACUGAGUCCAAGAGGCAGGCCCAGAGAUCCUCUGCUUCUGAGAGUGAGACAGAUGACUCUGAUGAUGACAAGAAACCAAAGCGCAGAGGGCGCCCCAGAAGCGUGCGGAAGGACCUUGUCGAGGGAUUUACUGAUGCAGAGAUACGAAGGUUCAUCAAGGCAUAUAAGAAGUUUGGUCUCCCUCUUGAACGGCUGGAGUGCAUAGCACGGGAUGCUGAGCUGGUGGAUAAGUCUGUAGCAGAUCUGAAACGACUGGGGGAACUGAUUCACAACAGCUGUGUGUCAGCAAUGCAGGAGUAUGAAGAACAGCUGAAAGAAAAUGCCAGUGAGGGGAAAGGACCAGGGAAAAAAAGAGGCCCAACAAUCAAAAUAUCGGGGGUUCAGGUUAACGUGAAAUCCAUUAUACAACAUGAGGAAGAGUUUGAGAUGCUGCAUAAAUCUAUCCCUGUGGACCCUGAAGAAAAAAAAAAAUACUGCUUAACCUGUCGAGUGAAAGCUGCACAUUUUGAUGUGGAGUGGGGGGUGGAGGAUGAUUCAAGACUACUGCUGGGAAUUUAUGAACAUGGCUAUGGAAACUGGGAGUUAAUUAAGACGGAUCCAGAGCUUAAGCUAACUGACAAAAUUCUGCCUGUGGAGACAGAUAAAAAGCCUCAGGGGAAGCAACUGCAGACCCGAGCGGACUACUUGCUGAAGCUGCUCAGGAAGAGUCUGGAGAAGAAGGGGGCUGUGACGGGCGGGGAGGAGGCCAAAUUAAAGAAGCGGAAGCCUCGAGUAAAGAAGGAAAACAAAGAACCCAGGCUGAAAGAUGAGCAUGGGGUUGAGUUUUCAUCUCCUAGACACUCAGACAAUCCAUCAGAAGAGGGAGAAGUAAAGGAUGAUGGCUUAGAAAAAAGUCCAAUGAAAAAGAAACAGAAGAAGAAAGAGAACAAGGAGAACAAGGAGAAACAAAUGAGUUCUAGGAAAGACAAAGAAGGGGACAAGGAAAGGAAGAAGUCAAAAGAUAAGAAAGAGAAGCCUAAAGGUGGUGAUGCCAAAUCUUCAAGUAAAUCAAAGCGAUCUCAGGGUCCUGUCCAUAUUACAGCAGGAAGUGAACCUGUCCCCAUUGGAGAGGAUGAGGAUGAUGAUCUGGACCAGGAGACAUUCAGCAUAUGCAAAGAGAGGAUGAGGCCUGUGAAAAAGGCACUGAAACAGUUAGACAAACCUGACAAGGGGCUCAAUGUGCAGGAACAGCUGGAGCACACCCGAAACUGCCUCCUGAAAAUUGGAGACCGGAUAGCCGAGUGCCUUAAAGCCUACUCAGACCAGGAGCAUAUCAAACUGUGGAGGAGGAACCUAUGGAUUUUUGUUUCCAAGUUUACAGAAUUUGAUGCUCGAAAAUUGCAUAAGUUAUACAAGAUGGCUCAUAAGAAAAGGUCUCAAGAAGAGGAGGAGCAAAAGAAGAAAGAUGAUGUAAUUGGUGGUAAGAAGCCAUUUCGACCAGAGGCCUCAGGCUCCAGCCGGGACUCCCUGAUAUCUCAGUCCCACACUCCACACAACCUUCACCCUCAGAAGCCUCACUUGCCUGCCUCCCACGGCCCACAGAUGCAUGGACACCCACGAGAUAACUAUAAUCACCCUAACAAGAGACACUUUAGUAAUGCAGAUCGAGGAGACUGGCAGAGGGAAAGAAAGUUUAACUAUGGUGGUGGCAACAAUCCUCCGUGGGGUAGUGACAGACACCAUCAGUAUGAGCAGCACUGGUAUAAGGACCACCAUUAUGGGGACCGGCGACACAUGGACGCCCACCGUUCUGGGAGCUAUAGACCCAACAACCUGUCCAGAAAGAGACCUUAUGAACAGUACAGCAGUGAUCGAGACCACAGGGGACACAGAGAUUAUUAUGACAGGCACCAUCAUGACUCUAAGCGGAGGAGAUCUGAUGAGUUUCGGCCUCAAAAUUACCACCAGCAGGAUUUCCGACGAAUGUCUGACCACCGCCCCCCGAUGGGCUAUCAUGGCCAAGGACCCUCAGACCAUUACCGCUCUUUCCACACAGACAAAUUGGGGGAGUAUAAACAGCCCCUGCCCCCUCUGCACCCUGCAGUCUCAGACCCUCGCUCACCCCCUUCUCAGAAGUCUCCCCACGAUUCCAAGUCACCCCUGGAUCACAGGUCUCCUUUGGAGAGAUCAUUAGAACAGAAAAACAAUCCAGAUUAUAACUGGAAUGUUCGGAAAACAUAAAGGACGACUGGGAAAGAAGGGCAGAGCAAGAGUCAUUAAGCACCUGGAUAUUUUUGGUCUGAUCCAGUAGGAGCCAGUUAUCUAGACCAAUAAGUGGAGUUUCUGGACAUGCUGCUGUUGUCAGCUCGCCGGUGGAAGGAGCACCUCGAGGAGUGGAGGGCCUUUCACUCGGUCCAGCUUGGGUUUGGGUCACCACUCCUACACUUUGACACCCCAUCCCAUUCCAGCCUGGUUCUGGCCUGUCACUGCGAUGGGUGCUAGGAGGAAGAGGUGACUUCUGUGUACCAGCUUUGUGAGCUGUGUGUCCCCAGAGAAGGAAGAAGGGAUCUUAGAGUCAUGAGUAUUUUGUUGCCCUGAGCCUGGGUGCAGUGGGCUGGGUAGGAGCGUGUGUGUGUGUGUGUGUGUGUGUGUGCGUGCGUGUGUGUGCGCGUGCGUGCGCGCGUAGGCAGCCAGGACCUGCUGGACGGCACACGAUUUGCUUCACUGUGACGUGACAGAUGCUGCUGACAGGGAGCGGGGCGUGGGUCUCGCCCCGUGGGACUUGAAGGGGAGCAGUACACUCCUCGGAUGUGUUCUUGGGAGAAACCGUGCUGGGGCCUCAGCAUGACACCUGUGGUGCAGGGGGGCUAGACAGAGGAAAACAGCUUCCACAGUGGCCCCUUCCCGACCAACACUAAUUUUUCCCACACUAUCUGUACAUUUCAAAGGCUUGGUCUUCUGAGUGGGCCUCCUUUGCCCUGGUGCCAGGGAGAGUAGGGUCCAUCUGGCUGACUUCUGAGCACUGUGAGCUAGGCAGCAUUGGAGUUGGCAUGGGUCUGCCUUUGUUGGGCAUGGGCUGAAAGAGGGGCAGGGGCAGUGUGGCCAGGGACUCAGAGUCCCUCGGUGCAUUUCUGAUCCUGUGAUAGGAAGUAUUAAAUUCAGAGCCUGGGAAGGAGGGAGAAGCUUGCUGCUGGCAGGGGCCCAGGUGGGGGUGCAGGUGUUAAGCAGGUUUCCUGGGGUGGGGCUUCAGGAGUGCCAGGGAAUGGGGGCUUUCGUGUUGUGCCAGGUCAGCGUUUGCAGCUGCCUUGUAGUUAAUUCUAGUUCCCUUUGCACAGUGUGAAUAAGUAGAUGACGCACAGCACACAUCUCCUGACCCCGUGUGGCGGGUGGACAGGUGGAAACUCCGUUACCUAUGGGGAACCCACACAUUAGAAUUGAACUGCUUAUUAUUAUUAUUUUUUUUUUUUUAGGAUGAGAUCAAAGUAUAAACCUAAGUUAAAGUUUUUCCAAACUAGGAUGCCUCCAAGGACAGGGGAUUGAGCUGCAAACAGGAAGAGUCCUGGGGUUGAACGAGUCAGUGGUGGGAAGGCAGAUUGGUUAUACCAAUUAAUCAGGCUCCUUUCAUUCUGCGGAUCCUGGGCCUUCCAUUUUACUCAUUUUAAAUAUAGCUUGCCAGUAUUGUUUGAGUAUCCAAAGGCCUUUCUAGGUGGGAUAAUGGACUUGAACCUACAGCAUGCCUUCAUGUGUCCAGGCUCAGAGCAGGUGAAAACCUUCCCAUUAGGCAUGCCCAGGGUCAGCUCUCUGAACUAACCCAUGAGGACUUCAUAAAAUGAUCAUCACUUACUUGCCAGGACCCUGGGCAGCACCAUUAAUGCCUUUACUAAGGAAUUCUCAAGUCCUGUCACCCUAGUGAAGCAGAUGUGGCUUUGGUGGUUCGUUGCAUCUUGCUGUCCCCAGUAUCCUGGGGCCGGCCAGGUGUGCAUUCUAGAGGGGCUGGGUCCUCACAGCUUGUGUUGGGAGUUCAGUGGGCCUGCCCCCUCCUGAUCUAUCUCCUCAUGGUACUGGGUAGUUCAGCGUGGGCUUGUACGUACCUGGUCAGCAUGCCCUGGAGCAUAGCCCAAAGAAAUGCAUAGGAUCCCGUGGCCACAGUCAUCCCAUUGGGACUGUUCUGUGAGAGAAGAGUGUAUUUGCUUUGGCCACCACCAGUAGCUUCUUGAUGACAGUACUGAGACUACCCUGUGUUUCUGUUGCCCAGGCCAAAGAGGAAGGCUAGGUUGAUUUGCUUGUCCUUUGGGUUGGGAGGGGAGGGAAGAGGGAAGCAGGUGCCCCCAGCAUAGCAUGUCUCUCCCUGUGGGAAGUCAGGCCGUGUCUUCUGGGAGGCAUGGCAGGAGGCCCUGAAUUUCAGUUCUCAGCCAGGGUGGUUUUCUCUGAAGUUGAUAGGAGGUGUGAGUUAUUCCCAAAGAUGUCUCAUCAUGAAGAAAAAGGAACUUCCUUUUGUUUACAUUCAGGACUUUUAGUGCCAUAUGAUGUAGCAAAAGGCAAUAUUAGCCAGAUCAGUGUUAAAUUGAUUAUAAAAUUACAGUAUCCCCAUAAAAGCGUCUAUUUUAGUGUUGAAGUAUGUUUGAAGAGUGAGUUGGGAAAAGGAGGCAUUUCCUCAUUGACCUAAAUCAGUAUAAAUACUGUAUGCUUUUGUCAAAAACGGAUUUGCACAGGUAGGUAUUCUCUCCCCAUGGGGAUGGGAUAAGCUGCCCCGGGAAUCUGCAAGGGUGGUAUUCCAUGGAGCCUAGCUUUGAAGGAUUUCAUAAUUGGGUAGAAACAGCAGGGUUGAGGAAGAGGGGAGUUAGCAUCACCUGAGCUCUGGAUAUAAACAAGGAUUAACGUGGUACACCACAGCCCUGGAAAAGGAUGCCUGAAAGCCCAGGUCCAGCCCUGCGGUCUUUCCAGAGACAGCUGGAGAGAAAAAGCCAGGCCCUCUGCAGAGCCCGAGCUGGUGGCCCCUGGGCCCCCUCUCUCUCCUUCUAGUCAUUCCUUUCUUUAGCCCUUUCACGGGAAACCAGAACACUUCUCACAUCGUGCCGCAGACAUUUUAGCCUGAUGCCUGAGAGCUGCAUCAGGAUGUGCGGUGCACAUGCAAUUCAGUUACAAAUUCACACAGGGACACUGGAAUCCUACAGACCAAAAUCCACUCGUCAGCAGGAGCGGUGGCCCUGGGCGGAGCACCAGUGGUUUUCUGGCUUGUCUGAGGGCUGCCGUGUGGGGCGAGGAGAGCCAGGCCAAGGGUCCAGGCUGCUGUAGUCCAUCCGUACCCCAUGCGUUUGGGGACAGAUGGUUUUUCUUUAUUGUAAAAUUGUGGACUUUUAAAAACCUGUUGACUAAACAGUAAUUAAUUUAUAUUUGUGAAAAAUGCCACUGUCCUAGUGAUUUCUGAUGUAAAUACUGUUGUUUAUAUAGUAUGUAUUAAAUUUUCCUACAUUGUAAAACUGCUGUACUUUUGAUUCUUGUAUAUUAAAAAGUGUCACUAAGGAUUUUUAGAA